CCCGCCCAGCCUCCCCCCCUCCACCAGCCAACCCCCAACGCCCUGUCGACUAUCCAUAUCUACUUCCGCAUCUCGCUCUCCAUCUUCUCGCACAUACUCGAACAAUUGUCCGCACACACCCGCGCCCUGGACGCGCCUGACGAUCUCCACGCCCUUCUUGCUGCUUCCACCUCCUGAAGCCUGAGCAGCCCCGCUCCCUUUCGAACCCCCUGAGGAUCCUUCCAUCGGUACCGGGAGUAGUUUUCAUCUACGCCACCUCUCUACUUCUGUUCAGACGACCGGAUAAUCACCAUGUCCGACGACGGCCUUGACCUUGACGCCGAGCUCCUUGCUCUUGCCGGCGACGAGUCGGGUGGUGAGCAGGAGCAUGACGCCACCCACGACGAUGUUCAAGCAAGCCGGUCACCUUCUCCCCGCUCUUCACCUCAACGUUCCUCCCGCCACAGCUCCCCCGCACAGUCACCACCACGCCGCGGACCCUCGUCACGCAAAAUGAAGUUGCGCAAAGCUGGUGGUCGCCGCAGGAAGGACGAUUCGGAGGAAGAGGGUGAAGCUUCUUCCGCACCUGGCUCGCCAGAUUCGCUCGGCUCUGGCGCUAUGGAAGAAUCCGACUCUGAGGCUGGCGGCUCUGACGCUGACGGCGAAGACCGCACCCCGUACCCGAUCGAGGGCAAGUUCACCUCAUACGAAGACAAGGCCCGGAUCCUGGGGCUCUCGGAAAUCGAGCGCGAGUCUAUCCUUGCCGAGCGCGCGGCCGAAAUGGAGCGCAGGAACCAGGACCUCAACCUAAAGCGCUUGAUGCAAGGCCGUCAAGCCAACAGGGACGAGAAGAAGCGUAAGGCUGCCGCCGCGGACCUCGACGACAGCGAGCGCAAGGCUAGGAAACCCAAGGGCAGCGAGAAACUCGAGAAGCUCGAGGCAUACAAGCGGCAGAGAGAGCAGACUCGCGAACAACGCAGCCGCAGGGACCGCGACCGGGACCACCGUUCGCCUUCUAGGGAUGACCGCGACCUUUCCGACGCGGAUGCCGACGGGGAUAGCGAGGUUGAGUGGGACAAUUCCCGCGGCAAGGAUCACGAGCGUCAUGACCCACCCCCUGACCUCAAGGACUUCGAGCGCGUCAGGAUUGGAAGAAGCAACUUUGCCAAAGUCUGUUUCUAUCCUGGCUUUGAGGAUGCCCUCACCGGUUGCUUCUGCCGCGUGAGCAUCGGCGUUGACAAGUCUACGGGCCAGAGUGUCUACCGGAUGUGCCAAAUCAAGGGGUUCACUGAAGGCACGCCAUACACCAUGCAAGGCAGCAACGGAAAGCCUAUCAAGACCGACCAGUACGCUCUCGUCGCCCAUGGCAAGGCUGAGAAGGAGUGGCCUUUCAUCAUGUGCUCCGACUCCAGGUUCUCAGACUCCGAGUUCAACCGCUACAAGGUCACUGCCGAGGGGGACGGUGUAAAGAUUCCCACAAAGAAGAAGCUCCUCCACAACCUCGAGAACAUCCACCGCCUGCUCGACCGGCGCUGGACCGAAGAAGAAGUGGCUGAGAAGCUGCGCCGACAGAAUAAGUUCGCCGCGGAGAAGACUGGCGUCACCAAAUCGACGCCGACGGUUAUCAACCGCCAAGGUGACAGACUAGCAGCGCUCAACAACGCCAACCGCAAGAAGAACGCGCAGGAGGUGCGGCAGGCCCUCAUCGCGCAGCACAAGGCGAAGGCGGCGGCAGCUGCAAAAGCCAAGGCAAAGAAGGAGGAAGAGGAACGCAAAAAGCUGCUUGAAGUGCCGGGUACGGGCGACCUCGAUGCUCUCUUCGAUGGAAGCGAUCUUAGCCGCAGUGGCACCCCAGCCAACGGCGAGAAGAAGAGCCCCGGAAAGAAGGUGGAGAAGAAGGGGCUGCCGACGUUCAAGAAGCGCACCAUGGAUGACGACCUCAUCGGGGCGAUGGACCUGGGGAUCGACGUUGAGAUUUGAGGAGCUUGAGCGCGUGCGUGCGGUUUGAUGACUUGGUGCUCGGGUUGGGGGUUUGGCGCGUCUAUGGGCUUGGACGACUGGCUUGGCUUGGCUUGACUGGCUGGCUGGCUGACUGAAAGCGAAAGCUGGCUGGGCUGCUGCUGUUCUGGAUUAUGAAUUAUAGGUAGGGAGGCGUUCUUUUUGGGGCUGGGGGGAGGGGGUAUACAGACUUGGUGCUCCUACUACCGACUACUACACUGGGUACGCGUAUAUUUUUGCGUGCAUGAUCGGCCGGCGGAAAAUGAAUGAGAAUGAGAAUGAGAUGAGUGCAUGGAG